GCCAUAAAAUAAAAUAAAAUAAAGUUUACCCAGCGCAGUCAUCGUGCAUAUCCCAGCCGCCGCAUCGCAUAGCAUACUGUCUGAAUAUUCAAUUUCAAUUCAAUUCUUCUUCCUUUACUUCUUCUCCUCUUUCUAGCUACUAGGGUUUCUAUUCCAUUCCCAUCCCCAUUCCCAUGGCUACCACUAUUCGAACUCCACUCUUCUCUCCCACCUCCACACGUUUUCAUUCUUCCCACAAUCAACAACUCCAACUCCGCCUUCAUUUCUCUAAACCACGCCUCCUUCACUCUUUUCCCAAUUUCUCCAUAUCUUGCUCUUCCUCCUCCCAAUCACAACCCCAACCACAACCCCCUCGCCACCGUCCUCCUUACAUCCCCAACCACAUCCCUGACCCUUCUUAUGUCCGCAUCUUCGACACCACCCUCCGCGACGGCGAACAGUCCCCCGGCGCCUCCAUGACUUCCAAAGAGAAACUCGACAUUGCUCGCCAGCUUUCCAAGCUUGGCGUAGACAUCAUUGAGGCUGGAUUCCCCGCCGCCUCUAAAGACGACUUCGAAGCUGUCAAAAUGAUUGCCAAUGAGGUCGGAAACGCCGUCGACCAAAACGGCUAUGUUCCUGUCAUCUGUGGCCUCUCCAGAUGUAACGAAAAGGACAUUCGAACUGCUUGGGAAGCCGUUAAACAUGCAAAGAGACCAAGGAUUCACACUUUCAUUGCUACCAGCGCCAUUCACAUGGAGUACAAACUCAGAAUGUCCAGAGAACAAGUCAUCCAAAAAGCCCGAAGUAUGGUCGCAUUCGCUCGUAGUUUAGGCUGCCAAGACGUCGAAUUCAGUCCUGAAGAUGCUGGCAGGUCGGAUAGGGAAUUUCUUUAUCAAAUACUUGGAGAAGUUAUUAAGGCAGGGGCUACUACACUCAACAUACCUGACACUGUUGGCAUAACUAUGCCGAGCGAAUUUGGGAAACUGAUUGCUGAUAUAAAAGCUAAUACACCUGGUGUUGAGAAUGUUAUUAUUUCCACACACUGUCAAAAUGAUCUUGGACUGUCUACUGCUAACACCAUUGAGGGUGCACGUGCCGGUGCUAGGCAGCUGGAAGUCACAAUUAAUGGGAUCGGUGAAAGGGCUGGAAAUGCCUCCUUGGAAGAGGUUGUGAUGGCCCUGAAAUGUGGAGGACAUAUCUUCAACAAUCUCCACACUGGAAUUAAUACAAGGCACAUUUAUUUGACAAGCAAAAUGGUUGAAGAGUACUCUGGUUUGCAGUUACAGCCACACAAGGCUCUUGUCGGAGCUAAUGCAUUUGCUCAUGAAAGUGGCAUACAUCAGGAUGGAAUGCUUAAACACAAAGGUACAUACGAAAUAAUAUCUCCCGAGGACAUUGGACUUGAAAGAUCCAAUGAAGCUGGUAUUGUGCUGGGGAAGCUUAGUGGACGCCAUGCUCUGAGAAAGCGACUUGAAGAGCUUGGAUAUGAACUUAAAGAUGACCAAGUUCAGACUUUAUUUUGGCGUUUCAAAGCCGUGGCUGAGCAAAAGAAGAGGAUUACUGACGCUGAUCUCAGAGCAUUGGUAUCAGAUGAAGUUUUUCAGGCAGAGCCUAUCUGGAAGCUUGAUGGUUUGCAGGUGACUUGUGGAACUCUUGGUCUUUCAACAGCAACUGUCAGACUUGUUGGUGAUGAUGGUAGCACGCACGUUGCUUGUUCUGUUGGUACAGGGCCUGUGGAUUCAGCAUACAAAGCUAUUGAUCUGAUUGUGAAGGAACCAGCAACUCUUCUUGAGUACUCCAUGAAUGCAGUCACCGAAGGCAUUGAUGCAAUUGCCACUACCCGAGUUGUAAUUCGCGGGGACAGCAAUCAUACAUCCACUCAUGCUUUAACUGGAGAAAGUAUCCAGCGAACUUUUAGUGGGACUGGAGCAGGAAUGGAUGUGGUUGUUUCCAGCGUCAAGGCCUAUAUUGCUGCGAUAAACAAAAUGCUUAGCUUCAAGGAACCAUCUUCAUCUGCUGAAAAAAUCCCAAUUUCUGCAUCAAAUAUUUGAGAGUUCAUGUCAUUGCUUUGGUUGCAGUUUCAUUUCAUUUCGUGUUAAUUGUGCCAAAAGGAAGAGUGUUACAGCAGUAUCAUUACCUUUCUCAAGUUUUAAGGGAGUGUAGCUGCAUCGUAAAGUGAAUUAUUCGCACUCAGUUUAUUAAUAUCCAAGUGACCUUAGCAAUGAAUGUAAUUUAAGUCCUUUUUAAAUAUCCAGACCGCUGGGAAUAUUUUUUCUUUUAAUUGUUCAGGUGUUCUUCAUUGUUAUUUAUUAA